UCCGGCUUAGAAUCAACUUAUUUUGAUAUUUAAAGAGGUCGAUUUACUCAACUUAAUCAGUGCAAAAUCAGAAUUCAAUAGUUCUCGGAGAAAUUUGUACUAACAUGUUGCGAUAUAUUUCUAUUAUCAUUUUUGUUGUCCUCCUAAAUUUCGGGAUUUCGAACCCUCAAAACUUGAAAAUAGUGAAUGGUGUGCCUGCAGAAUUAGGGGAGUUUCCUUUUAUGGCUUUUUUGAGAUCAACGACAAACUGGUAUUUCUGCGGAUGUACGUUCAUUAAUGAAGAAUGGCUACUAACUGCAGCUUUUUGCUCAACUUUGAUUCGUCCCGACGAUGUAGUAGAAGUGGUCUAUGGAGUGGUGGAUUAUUCCCAAGAGGAUGCAAAUAUCACUAAAGUAAGGCGAUUUAUCGUUCACGAGGAUUACAGUCCUCAUUCAAGAUACGACAAUGACGUCGCCUUGGUUCAAUUGACGGUUCCAGUUGCCUUCAACCGUUUGGUGCAGCCAGUUAAACUUCCACGCUCGAAUGAAGAGGUUUCAAUUGAUGCUUCUGCUACUCUUCUUGGAUGGGGUUUGAUAAGGGAUGGUCCUAUAUCAAGCCGUGGGAAUUUGAUGAAAGCAAACGUGACUACUUUCUCUAAUAAAGAGUGUGGAAUUGCUCUGAAAACACUGGUUUGCGCUGGCUCCCGCACAGGUCGCAUAGGACAAUGCCAUUGUGAUACCGGUGGAGCUUUGUUACUUGGUGAUGCUCAAAUUGGCAUUAUAUUGUCUACUAGAAAACGCUGCAGUCAAGGACCGUAUAUGGAUAUUCUAAUAAAAGUUUCCUCAUACUCUGCCUGGAUCCAAUCGAAAAUUGAAUCAGCAAAUUAAGUUAAUUUCAAUACAAAAUCAUUUGUAAGAUUUAGUUGUUUUUAAAAGUACUUUGAAAAUAAAGACAUUUCCAAAUUCGA